CCAGAAAAACGAAGUAGGAGUGAAACAACUUCUGAAAAUCUGGAAACGGAGAAAGAGAAAAGGAGAAACAGAGACAAAGGAGCAUGACGGUGAGCAUGAGCAGAGUGGUUUCAGUUUCACCACCCACCACCACUUUCUCCUCAAUUCAACAAUCUAAGACCCAGAGGAUUCAUUUCAUUUCCAGCAAUCCAUGUCCUUCAGUCGCUGUACCUCGUACUAAGCUUUCUUCCCCACAUCUCAAUCUUGAAAGCCUUAGCUUUGGUCGUACAGGACUGCCUCAAAGGAGCAGUUUUUACUGCCGGAGUAGCACCGGACCCGGUUCUCCUGGUUCUGGUGAUGGUGAGAGCAGAAGUGUGCUAGAUGCAUUUUUCUUGGGAAAGGCUCUAGCAGAAGCACUGAAUGAGCGGAUUGAGUCCACAAUUGGGGAGUUUUUGGGUACGGUUGGUAGACUGCAGGCAGAGCAACAAAAGCAAGUACAGGAGUUCCGGAACGAUGUGUUGGAAAGGGCCAAGAGAGCCAAAGAGAAAGCAGCACGUGAAGCAGUGGAGGGACAAGGAGUUAUUCCCAAGUCUACUGCAAUGAAUACAACAUCAAUCACCAAUGGUGCUACACCUGCAUCACCCUUAACUCCUACAAAUUCAUCAUCCUCUAGUCCACUGAUCUCUGAAGCUGAGACAGACCAGGAUCCUGCUGACACGGGACCUGUUUUAGGGAUAUCAAAUGAUGACUGAGCAUCCAUGUUAUAAUAUCUCCUUUCUUUUAUCGCAAACAAUAAUUUUGUAAUUUCAGAUUGAUAAUGCUGGAAUUUUUUUUAUUCACAUUUUUUGUUAGCA